AGCACCCUGCGCUGGAUUAAGCUAACAUACCCUCUCCGCGAGCGGCGCGAAUAAACUUUUCAAGAAGGAAAUGACUGCCUUAUUUUUGUUGUUGUGGUUAAAGUUGUUGUUGGUAGAGCAGUAGAAGUACAUCCAAAACACAAAAACAGCACCACCCUCCCCAAAAAAACGUAACGAAAAAAAAACAGUGUCAGUGGGGUAGUUGGUCCACAUCCACACUGUGAACUUUUCACACGCAUAAAGUAAUGUGCGCCCCAUGGAAGAAUCAGUCGAUUUAGGAGCUUUUCGCCAUUUAAACGUUCCUUUAAUGCGCUGGUCCCGGCGCAACGCUGCUGCUCAGUUUGCCAUUCCAGAAGAGUGAAUUCUUUUUUGUUUUGGGUGGUAUUUUACUGGUGAAGUGAACUCAACUGUUGUCUGUGUCGUUAUUAUUUUUCCUCUGUGUGUAGAAUAAUUUUUAUAUUAGAAUAUCCUUUUUGCUUAUAAUCCUUUACUUAAAAUUAUUACAAACAAAAUAAAACACCAACAAAAACCGUGUAGACACCUAGAAAACCCCUGGUUAUUUAUUAAAAUGCUUCCGUAUAAGUAUUGUUCCUCGGAUAGAUCCUUUUGAAGUUAAAUUUUCCGCAGGACGACGACGACGACGUGUAAGUAAAAAUCAUCACGUUACAUGAAAGAAAAUAUCCACAAUUGAACACGCUACAAAAUGUUUCCAAGAUAAAAUUAAAUAAUUCGCGAAUUACAUUAAUUUAUGUAAUUUGUUAUUUAUUUUUAAGAUUUUGUUUUGAUUUGAGACUUGGAAGUGCUAAGAAUACGCCAAGAAAGGUAUGACCCGUACAAUGAAUCUUAUUAAUAUGGAUUCCGAAAACCGCGUUGUUCUCAACGUGGGCGGAAUCCGUCAUGAAACCUACAAAGCUACCCUCAAAAAGAUUCCCGCCACCCGGCUGUCUAGACUUACAGAAGCUUUAGCCAACUAUGAUCCUAUACUGAAUGAGUAUUUCUUCGACCGACAUCCUGGAGUAUUUGCCCAAGUAUUGAAUUAUUAUAGGACUGGCAAACUGCAUUAUCCAACUGAUGUGUGUGGCCCUCUUUUCGAGGAGGAGUUGGAGUUCUGGGGCCUGGAUUCUAAUCAGGUUGAGCCAUGUUGCUGGAUGACAUAUACUCAGCAUCGUGAUACGCAAGAAACGUUAGCAGUAUUGGAUCGACUGGAUUUGGACACUGAGAAACCUUCCGAGGAAGAGCUGGCUCGCAAAUUUGGUUUCGAAGAGGACUACUUCAAGGGAACACUCUCCUGGUGGCAAGAAAUGAAACCUCGCAUCUGGUCGCUCUUUGACGAACCCUACAGUUCUAACGCCGCAAAGAUCAUUGGUGUUGUGUCAGUGUUCUUCAUUUGUAUUUCAAUUCUAUCGUUUUGCCUUAAGACCCAUCCGGACAUGAGGGUGCCGGUUAUCAAAAAUAUAACCGUUAGAACUGCAAAUGGCAGCUUGGCUUGGGUGCUAGAUAAGACCACAACGAAUGCCCACAUUGCAUUCUUCUACAUAGAAUGUGUUUGCAACGCUUGGUUUACAUUCGAAAUUCUGGUUAGAUUCAUUUCAUCACCAAAUAAAUGUGAAUUCAUAAAGUCAUCUGUUAACAUCAUAGAUUACAUUGCAACGCUUAGCUUUUAUAUUGAUUUAGUGCUUCAGAGAUUUGCGUCACAUCUUGAAAAUGCUGACAUUCUAGAAUUCUUCUCUAUUAUUAGAAUAAUGCGGUUGUUCAAGCUAACGCGACAUUCGUCGGGUUUGAAAAUUCUAAUACAGACAUUUCGGGCAUCGGCCAAAGAGCUGACGCUCUUGGUGUUCUUUUUAGUUUUAGGCAUCGUCAUAUUUGCUAGUUUAGUUUAUUACGCAGAGAGGAUACAGACAAACCCGCAUAACGAUUUCAAUAGCAUACCAUUGGGUCUAUGGUGGGCAUUGGUAACAAUGACCACUGUCGGCUAUGGCGAUAUGGCUCCUAAAACUUAUAUUGGAAUGUUUGUUGGUGCUUUGUGCGCGUUGGCCGGUGUACUAACGAUUGCACUGCCAGUUCCGGUCAUAGUAAGUAAUUUUGCGAUGUACUAUUCGCAUACCCAAGCUCGUGCAAAGUUGCCUAAGAAACGACGAAGAGUUCUUCCAGUUGAACAGCCCCGACAACAACCUAGACUUCCAGGUCAACAGGGACAAGCAAGUGGCUGUGGAACUCCAGGCUCUGGACCACCUAUGGGUUCAGGUGGCACAGGACCCCGAAGGAUGAACAAUAAAACAAAAGAUCUAGUUAGUCCCAAGUCAGGUCCAAUUGGUGCCAGUAUUGUCGCUAUGAGUCCAAGAAACAUGUUAGAUCUUAAUCCAGCCCUAGCAAUGAGCAAACCAAUUUUCGAAUCCAAGGGUCCACCGAUAACCACAAAAGAUAAAGACGGAGUUCGGAAUCCGCUCGACAACUCAACUAAGAAGAACUUUCUUUAAUUUUUAUCUUAAAAAAAAGUAGCAACGACAACACGCAAUCAAAAAUGCUGCCGUGCAACAUUUUGAAUGCUUUAUAUAUUUUUUAUCAAACCACAUUAUCAUUAUUUUUACUUUGCGGCAAACAAGAUUUCAAAAAACACCAUAAUAUUUAUGUUAAGAAAAAUAUUUAAAACAAAAUAAUGUAUAACGAACUUAAACAAAAACAAAAAUAAAAAUAAAAUAUAUCUUCUGUAAAUCAACAUAUUCACUCAUUCAUAAAAAAGAACAUAAACAAAUGAUAUGAUAUAAAAACCUACUUACAUAUCUUUAACCAUAUUCAUUAUAUAUAUGUAUAAAUAAAUUUAUGAAUCUAAAUUUACAUCAAAAUUUAACAAAAGAAAACAAAAAUUAAGAAUUUACAUUACAAAUUUAAAUUAGUUCCUAGUUCUUAAGUGGUGACCAAUCCCAGAGUUGGAAAAGUUUGAAAAACUAUAUACUGGACUAUUGGACGAACUUAAGCCAGAAAUAUUGAAAGGCUACAGAAGAUUGAUUUGUUUUCUUUUUUUGUAAAUUUUUUAGAAUAAAUAAUAAGUUAGAUAAAAUUGCGAUAUUAUUUUUGUUCUCUUUUUAUUUUGUAAAUACUCAUGAAUGUAAGUAAAGUAUAUAAAUUAAAAUCUUCGAUAAACAAAAAUAUAUCUAUUUAUAUAAAACUUCAGCUAGAUGUAGUUUUGUUUAUAAAAUACAUCUUUGUUAUUACAUCUCAAGUUGUUCUUAAAAUAAUUAUACAAAACAAAAAACGCAUGAUUAGGUCCAAGAAAAAAUAAAUAAAUAAGCUCACAACGGAUUUGUAAAUAUAAAACAAAAUGUUAUAACAACUUUCUUUUUUAAGUUUGUUUUUUCCAAUAUAGAAAUAUAUACAAAAGUAUCGAUUUAAAAGUUAAAAUAAAUUACUUAACAAAUAAAGCAUCUCAAAGUCUUUCCUGUUUCUUAAGCAGAUAUUAUUUUACUACUUUACACUUUUAAUAAAUAAAACAAAACAAAAAUAAAUAAAUAAAAUUAUUGCUUAUGAUUACACUUAACAUUAAAAGGCUCAAGUAUUAACAUAAUAUCAAUGAUUGUGAAAUGAUACAUGACAUGAUGACACUCUGUUUCUAGAUAGCAAUUUUUAAUAAUUUAUCAAAAGAAAUCAACAAAAUACUGUAAUUGAAAUAAAGUUAAGUUAUGUUAUUAUUAUAUCAUCCCAUUGAAUAUUGAAAACCAAAACAACCAAAAACUUAUACUAAAUGAAGCUAAUACAUAAUUUUAAUAGGUUAAUCAAUUGUCAAUAAUUUUUAACAUAAAAGCGAAUAUUUAUUGAAAUAAAAAUUCUUCAUAUUUAUAUUGAA